UCUCCGGAGAAGGCAAAGACAGGGCAAAACGUGGCGAUGGGGCAGCAAGGAUGCUCUGCAGUAGCAGUAACAACCAUCCCCUUCCCUGCACAGAACUGGGAGCUAUUGACUAUUCAUGGCAAAGCGCGUCCAAAGCGGCAGAGCCUGUGGAAAAUGACAGCGUGUAACAAGAUUGAGUGGCAUUUCCUUCGCGCUGGGUCACAUGCCUCCCAAUUCACACACACACAAACCCUCAUACGCUGAUCAAAUGACUCCUAUCUCUGCAGCCCGCAUACCUUCCACAGAAAGAGUUGUUUUAUUAUGCACAUGGACAGCUCUGUUUUCAAUCAGUCACCUUGAGCGGAUGACUGAGGGCCAGUGUUCGCUCCAUCUGGAGGGCGCUGCCUUUGCUCUCCAAGAGGCAGAGUCUCCAUCCGCUCUCACCUGAACUUUCACCGCCUGGUAUAUGCUGUUGGGAUAUCCAUAAGAGAUCGCCCAGGAAUGGUGGAUCACUUGCUGCCUACUGAUGAGUCCUUUUCAUCUACAAGAUCUCCACUUGGAUACUUUGGGGACAUGACGGCAGGGGUGAGGUCCUACCAGAUGCUGCCCUCUCCCCUGUCUGAAGAUGACAGCGACUCGUCCAGCUUUUGUUCUUGUUCCAGCCCUGACUCCCAGGUUCUCAGCUCCAGCUAUGGAAGCACAUCCAGUGCAGAAAGUCAGGACAGUAUCUUAGACUACUUGUUGUCCCAGGCAUCUUUGGGGAAUGCCGCAGCGUCAUGGUGGGACAAAAGGAGACUUCAGCCGAUAGUGAAAGAGGAGUACUUUAGGUUGCCUGAAUUUGCUGUGGAUAUGGAAGACUCAGGACCAUUUCAGCCCACGCUUGAGGAAAUUGAGGAAUUUCUGGAGGAGAACAUGGAGCUGGAGCUCAAAGAAAGACCUAAAAGUGAGACCAAGGACUUGAGAGCUUGCAGCCAAGUUUCUGUUGCUUCGCUACAGCAAAAAGACCAUGUGUCACCCAGCGCCAGUUUAAAAGAGAGCAAAAAUGAACAGUCGAGCAGCUCAACAACGGAAGGUGGCCAAGCUUCAAACGGAGGAGUGUCCCUGGAGAACGGGAUACCGGUUAUGCUCCAAAUUCAGCCUGUACAGAUCAAACAGGAGUCCAACACGAGCCCCACUUCCCAAGGACCAGCACAAGAGAACAUUAAAAUUGCCCAGCUCCUAGUCAACAUCCAAGGACAAACAUUUGCCCUUGUGCCUCAGAUAGUUCAGUCGUCCAAUUUGAACUUGUCUUCUAAGUUUGUCCGCAUCGCUCCCGUCCCCAUCGCUGCCAAGCCAAUUGGGCCAGGAGGCAUGAUCCCGGGGCAGACGGGCAUCAUCAUGGGGCAGAAGUUUCAGAAGAACCCUGCAGCAGAACUGAUUAAAAUGCACAAAUGCUCUUUCCCGGGGUGCACCAAGAUGUACACAAAGAGCAGCCACUUGAAAGCCCAUCUGAGGAGGCACACAGGGGAAAAGCCCUUUGCCUGCACGUGGCCGGGGUGCGGAUGGAGGUUCUCCAGGUCAGACGAGCUCUCCCGGCACAGGCGCUCCCACUCAGGGGUGAAGCCCUAUCAGUGUCCUGUCUGCGAGAAGAAGUUUGCUCGGAGCGACCACUUGUCCAAACAUGUCAAGGUGCAUCGGUUCCCGCGAAGCAACCGCUCCAUCCGCUCCGUGAACUGACCGGGCCCGCUCUCCCCUUCCCUCCCGCCCAGCACAUCCCACAGCAGCCGACGACAGCACUUUGCUCACUACGUUUCUAGUGAUAAUUUAUUUGUCUCCACAGAACAGUCAAUGCUGUUACUUGAUACCACCAUGUCCGAGUGUCCCAUGUCCUUUAAAGAUGAUUUGAGAAUGAAGUUCUUUUUGGGUCAGGGGAGGGGGAUGCUUCUUCCUCUUUGUCUUCUUGUUUAAGGAUGUUAUUUUCCUUAUUUCCUUCUAUCUUUCCCUCCUUCGCUGCUGCUUCUUUUGGAAAUUACAGUGUUUUAUUUUUAGCUGUUUUCUGCUGCACAGGAAAAUGUAAGAGUUGCUUGCUGCUAGUUAAUUAUAGCCCUGGCAUUCCUGAGGGCUUUGCUCAUGUACAGGCCAUUCAUUGUGAGUUUUUAUUAAGCUGCUCUAUUUGUCCAGUUUGGAAACAGCAAAUUCCUUUGGAAAUGAAAACAACUCCUUUGUUUUUGGGUCGCCUGAGCCAAGGAUUUGUAGGGGGCUGGCUAUAGGAGGAGGGACAGUGGGAGUUGGGGACAGGGGGAGGCAAGGCCUGGAGAGUGCUGGAAUGUGCCUCUGCACCUCUCUGGUUUCUCCAGCUCACAUCUACCUUUUCCUUGGCUAGCGCUAUAUAUAAAUAUUUAUGUAUAUAUAUUCAUACUUACAUAUAUAUAUAUAUGUAUUUAAGCAAAGGAAUAUCCCAAACAAACCUGGAAGCUCAGGAUGGAUGAAAUGGCUUGGAGUGGAGCCUUUUGGUGUGGCUAAGUGCAUACUGUGUGCAUGCUUCUCCUGUCCUUUUCCUCUGUGGGGUGAAGGAUGCCAAUGUGUUGAAGGAAACACUGCUUCCUUUGACUCUGGUCUGCAGCAUCCACUGUCUUUAGCAGACAAGCUGUUGUCUAGCACUAAAGCAGCAGGAAGAUGUUUGUGAGAGUGGCUGAGCUCUAUUCCUGUCUCUGCCUCUGUCCUCUUGUGUGAUCUUGGGGGAGAAACCAGAGCACCAGCUUGGAGGUGCCUGGUGGUCCUGGUGAGCACCAGGCAUCCCAAGCAUCCACUGCGAGCCAUUGCCUCGCUGGUUGGAGCUAAAGUCUCUGUCUGCGGGCCAGCAGGGUCUUGUAGGAUGGACCUGUACCCAAGGGAGGGUAGGAGCCAUCGUGGCAUGGUAGGACAGCACCUUGAGAUCUGGGUCCAAGGGUGAUCUUCUCCUUGCCAACAGCCAUGUCAGAGCUCCAUGCAGCUGGGGUGGGAGAACGGGUGAGAACAAUAGCCACAAGAAACAAAUUGGUGUGGUAGCUGGCUAAGAAGGGAAUUAAAACAGAUAAUCAGAUGGUAGCAGGCAAUGACUGUGUUUGUGUUUCCUCUCGUUUUGGUUCUGUUGUUUUUUUUCCUUUUGAACUCUGGCAAUUGUAAGAAGCUGUAGGAGAAAAUAGAAUUCAGUGAUUAGGAGCAAUUUCAUAAUGGAUGUUGCAUUUCCUUUCCAUUCGCAGGCGGCAUCUGUUUGUCUUUUUGUUGGCAAAAUGGGAAAUGGGAAGCUGCGAUCCUAGCGCUAGGCAGAGCAGGAGCCCGCGCUGUGCCAGAACAGCAGGUCUAGCUAAGGCAAAUGCAUUCCUUUUGUCCUCUAGAAAUUAAUAUAAAUGAACUAUCAUCUAUUGACUGGUUUAUAUCACAUCCUAUGAAUGUAUGUAAAUAAAACUGUACAUAGAUGCUAUAUCUAUAUAAAAUAUCUUUUAAUAACGUAUCAAAUUUGUGUAAAUUGGAAACAAAAAAAUACCUAUAAAACCAGUGUACAUAAGUUACAAUUCUGUAUAUUUUCUUUUGUUCUUCAUAAAAAAUAUAUUUACUUUGACAAUAAAAUGAAAAUGGAAAUUUUAAA